CGGCCGCGGCCUCCGUCGGAGGUCAGGGUCAGAGCUCAGCCCGGACCCGUGCCGAAGGCGUGUGAGCAAUACCCGCCUCGGCGCGUGGUCACGGGUUUUCACCCUUUUUUCCCCAUACGGCUGUGGUCAGGGCAGCUCCUGCAAAUAGGAGCUAGAAACCUUGGUCAGACACACAGUCCCUGUGGUCCCGCUUCAGGGAGACUGCAGUUCCUCUCCAGGCUCUUGCCUGCUGCCCUGCUCCAGCUGCUGUCGUGACCGUAUAGUGAGCAAGACUCAGAAAAUCUGCAUGGACCUUUGCUUUGUAGCAGAUUUAAAAAACAAUCAAAGUUGACCCCCAGCCUGUGAGAGAGAGAGAAAUUUUUUUCCCCGAUUUUACUCUGGGAUUUCAGAGGAAGUUCUGGUUCUUAUGUGGGCUGCCGCCACAAUGGAGGUGGGUGUGCUACUGGGCAGCAAAACAGGGAAGCACUUAACGUUCAGGGAAGCGCUGCCCAGGGAUAGGCAGGGGGAGAGCUGUGCUCCUGCCCUGCAGAGUACUCUGUGCUGGCAAGCCAUGCUCCCCGCCGAGGCCUUCUGUGGAGACCCACAAGGUGUCCUUGGACCCCAGAGAAAGCGGGUGCAGGUCCUGCAGCCCUGUCAAGUCUCGGGCCGUGGUGGUUUCUGUGGAGCGUGUCAGGAUCAGACCACGCCCUCCUGGACAUGACAUUGCAGGUCUCAGAAACUGAAAGGCUUUCAUAUGUGGGGAAUAACUUUGGCAGUGGAGUUAUGAAAUGCAACUCCCUAUGCAGGUAUUUUGUUGGUGUGUUAGACAAGGACUCUGGGCAAAUGGAAGUCUAUGAUGCUGAAAUAUUCAACAUGCAGCCCUUGCUGUCAGAUAACUUAAUACCCGAUGACACAAAGGAUUACCAGAAUAAAUCCUACAGGGAGAAGAUGGAUUUGUGCAUUGAGGCCUUCGGUACCAGCAAGCAGAAGCGAGCUCUGAACUCUAGGCGAAUGAAUGCAGUGGGCAAUGAUAUUCUGAGUACUGCUGUGACAAAAGCAGCAGCAAACGUUAUAGAUGCAAAGGGAGUAACAGCUUUGAUCCAGGAUGUGGCCCAAGAUGAUGUACAGAACAUCUCCAUCUUCCUCCCACCGUGUAAUGAAGAUGCUGACAAACCAGAACAUGUUUACAAGUUUGAGGACAUUCUGUCCCCAGCAGAGUAUGAAGCAUUGCGGGUCCCAGCAGCAGUCUUUGUUAACAUCACUCCAGAAGAAAUCACCAAGAAAACAGAAGAUAAAAGCCAUUGCUCCUUUGUUUUAGAGGAGCUGAGGUUCCUGCCUGCUGAUGAGAAGAGCAGAGAUCACAAAGCCCGAUGCCUCUGGUUUCUGGACACCCUUAUCAAGUUCAGCUACCUGAAAGUGAUCAAGAAGAAACAUCCAAUGGGUCCUGAAUGCCCACACAUUAUACUGACCUACAACAAUGGCAGCAUCCAGAAUUUAAUCUCUGCAUCAAUGAAGGCUAAAAUCACAGCAUACGUCAUUGCAUUAGCUCUGCACAUUAACAACUUCCAAACAGACCUCACCAUCCUGCAGAAUGACAUGAAGCUCCAAGAAAGCAGGAUGAUGGACAUCGCAAAGGCCAUGCGGCUGAAGGUCUCCAAGGCAAAGGGCCUAGAGGGACUUGAGAAUGAUCAGAACCGCAAGCUGGGCACUCUUUCUCUCCCCUUGCCUGUCCAGAAGGCACCAGGAAACCAACGGAAGCGCAAGAAAAUGAGAUAAAAUGUCUGGGAGGUGUGAGCUGUUACGCGCACAGAUCAUGGGGAUGCUUUUGUCUGCUCAAUUUGCCUGUCCAGCAUCAGCACAUGACCUUGCUGAAACCCUGCCUCAAGGAUGGGAUGGAACAGAUAUUCACCUCGUUAAACUGCUUCUUUUUUUUAUAUUUAUAUAGAAAAAGCUAUAAUA